AUGACUCUGGACAAACGCGCUGAACAUGCACGCUUUACCCCGACCCCCUCACAACCUUCUCCCCUAGCCAUGUCAAACCGAAGUCCCUGGAUUAUGGACGAAGCCAAGCGCAACAGACUGCUCAAGAAGUACAAAACCCAGGUGGCCUCGGGGACUUCGACAGUUUGCGCCACUCUCGCUGUGACUCCAUUAGAAAAUGUUAAAACACGUAUGCAGACACAUAAUUUUCAGAAUGUCUUCCAAUGCAUCCGUUACCUGUGGCGUACCGAAGGACCCCGCGGUUACGUUGCUGGAGCCCUGCCACCUCUAGCAAGCGUCACGGCGGUCCGAGUGGUCAACUUCACAACCUACAAUGCAGCCAAGCAUCGGAUCUCCGAAUUCGUGGAAAGAAUGACCGGUGAAUCACCUCUGGCAAUGUAUAAUCGACCUGGCAGUAGUCCCACAGUAUCGACCUUGUUCACCUUCACCGCUGCUGGUCUCGUUGCUGGCCUAAUAACUUCUCCCCUAGCCUGCCCGUUUGAGCUCGCAAAAAAUGUGGUUCAGACUUCGGUCCUGGUUUCAAAUCGUGCGCAGGCGUCCCCUAAUGCGAUCAACGACCCUUCACUUCGCAGCAAGCCGCGUCUGGGUACCGUGGAGGCUAUCAGGCAGAUCAUUCAGCGGUACGGCAUACGCGGGCUGUACACGGGGUUUCAUCUUCACGCAAUGCGCGACACGCUCGGCUCUGGACUCUAUUUCACCGUCUAUGAGACGGUGAAACAACUUGCAGCGAAAGAGUUGGGUCCUGACAAGUCCCCCUUCGGGGCGCCCAUGAUUGCGGGUGCUAUCUGCAGCACCGUCCCUUGGUUUUGUACGUAUCCGUUAGAUACUCGGAAAACCCGUGCGCAGAGUGUUUUACUCGGAAAAACCAAGGAGGUGGGUGAGGCAACAGCCGCAGUCGCCAAGUCGAGCAUGUAUAAGGGGCUAUCUAUUAUAUUGAUACGUACUGGAGUGAACAACAUGAUCCUCCUUAGUAUCUUUGAGUAUAUCAAGAUGAGGAUUAACGAGCUGGAUUAG